GCCUCUCUCUCACUCUCUCUCUCUCUCUCUCUCUCUCUCUCUCUGUUGCUCUCCUUUAUCAUAUCGCGCUCUCACUCUCUCUCUCUGUUCUUUCCCGUCUCAGAGGCAGACAGUCAGUGGAGCAUCGGCACGGCAACGGGAGCGACACAGGACUUGACAGUCAGAGAAGAAGAGGACAGCGAACCUCGCUGACAGCAACACGACAUCAGGAACAUUUAGGGGCACAGCAUCAAUUGGAAUGCGGUUCAAAUCAAAGCAGAAGCAACAGAUUGCCCCCAGUUGCAGUUGUUGCUGCAACUGAUGCUCUCCUGGCUGAUCCAAGCCUUGGAAAUGAAGCAGAUUUGCAACAGCUCCCGCAGCUGACGUCUCCUGGGUUUUGAAAGUCAGUUUCAUCUGUGCGAAAAGAACUGCUUUUGCUCUCUCAAAGCACGAGGGAAAGGCAACGCUGAGCAUACGGCAACCAAAAAAAAAAAAAAAAAGCUUUGAUUCAGCCGGAGAGAGCAACACGUUUCACGCUGGGCGUCAACAUCACCUCGGCCGCCAGCGUCCCCUCCCAUCUUUCUAUCCUUCGCCGGGAUCUGAAGAAGACCAGGCGUCCUAGCUGUGAAUGCACAAACAGGCGGAGGAUGUGAGGUUGACAUGCCGAGAGCACAGGUCAGGGAGUUUUGCCGUCAAACAAAAAGAGCAAGAACAGGUUUUUAUCAGCGCGAAGACCAGGUAGGACUCGCAACCAAGACAACAACAAGUCCGUCAGACUAUCACCUGCACUUCUGAGGACAACAGGGCAUAAACAGGAGGAUGUACACCAGCAUCUGCCCGAGAACGGAAGCAAAACAAGAAUCGCAAAAACUAGAGCAGGAAUGACAGGAAUAGAGAGAUUCAACUCGGCCACGCACAUCCACAGAUAGAUGUUCAUUUGGAAAGAAAAGCAUAAACAAAGAUAUAUAUAUAUAUAUAAUCGAUCAGAACACCAAACAUCCUCAAAAGUGAGCAACCAACAGAGAGAUCUCUCACUUCAGAAGGAUGUGUUUGCAUUUGGCCUGACGCUACAGAGAAACGUCGACGUCUUUCUUUGACUUCUACUUCUGCUGCCACUUGCCGCAAGUACGUUGUUGCGCCGAUUUCCCUUCGGUGCGAGCGUCUCGGGGUUCUUGCCUUGACUCUUCUUUUUCCGGGGUGAGGUGGAUCUGCCGUCGGGGGCAGCUGACAGGUAUCCAAGACGCCGCGAGCCGUACUCCGCGUGAAGAAUGCCCAGCCUCGCUUGGCCAAGCCGGCCGACCCGGGGCCGACCGCGGGCCUCUACAUGGAAAGAUCGCAGAGCCGCAUCAGCCUGUCGGCGUCCUUCGAGGCCCUCGCCAUCUACUUCCCCUGCAUGAACUCCUUCGACGAGGAUGAUGGGGUGGAUACAGAGGGCAGGAAGUUGAAGGGAACCAUCCAGAGGAGUACGGAGACGGGUCUGGCUGUAGAGAUGCCCAGUCGGACCGUCCGACAGGCCAGCCACGAGUCUAUAGAGGACAGCAUGAACAGCUACGGCUCAGAGGGGAACCUGAACUACAGUGGCAUGUGUUUGGCAUCGGAUGCACAGUUCAGCGACUUCUUGGAUGGGAUGGGACCCGCUCAGUUUGUUGGGCGACAAACACUGGCGACAACAUCCAUGGGUGACGUAGAGAUCGGUCUGAUGGAGAGGAACGGGGGUCUGGAGGUGGAGGUAGUCCAGGCCAGAGGACUCACUAUGAAACCAGGUUCAAAGGGACCUCCAGCGGCCUACAUCAAAGUUUACCUCCUGGAGAACGGGAUCUGUGUGGCCAAGAAGAAGACCAAGUCAGUGAGGAAGUCUCUGGAUCCUCUCUACAACCAGGUCCUGGUCUUCUCUGAAAGCCCACAGGGGAAAGUGGUGCAGGUGAUUGUUUGGGGCAACUAUGGACGGAUGGACCGCAAAUGCUUCAUGGGCGUAGCUCGAAUCCUGUUGGAGGAGUUGGACCUCAGCACAAUGGUGAUUGGCUGGUACAAGCUCUUCCCUACCUCCUCCAUGGUGGACCCAACGAUGGCGCCACUCAUCCGCCACUCCUCCCAGAUGUCCCUGGAGAGCACCAUUGGGCCCUGUUGUGAGCGAUCCUAAGACUAGAUAAAAAUAUAUAGAUCUGUUGUUGCGACUCAGAUGCCAUUGCUGUCUCAACCAAAUCCUAAGACACAUUUUUAUAUAGCCUAUAGCCCAGCGCCUGGGUCACCCAGGUGGUACUGCCCCUGAAGCAGGUAGGUGUUCAGUAUCUUACUUAAGGGCACUUUGACAGGUCUAACCACACUGAACCACUCCCCUGAUUUGGGAAAUGACUUUACUAACUAGUAGGUCAUUUUGGCACUCAUUGGAAAUACUGUACUUUAAUUCUUUUGAUACUGUAUCAAACAGUUUCCCGAGACUCACAGGAAGCACAUUUAUUUUGUUGUUGCAACCGACCGGACCGCCCCUCAGACUCACCGGAAAAUGUUGCUCUCUUCAGAUCUCUUUGAGGAGAAAACAAAAACCUACUUAAUGAGGAUGCUUCAAAGGAGGGCUCGGCUGCCGACAUUGAUCACAUCCUAUUGGGACCACAACACACUGCGGGCUCAGCUUUUGCUUCCGCUACGCGCCUUCACAGCCUACAUUCGAUUCUCAUUCCCAGGACUCCCUGUUGUCUUUCUGCAUCCUCAUUAAGGGGCUGGACAGCUCCUGAGUGUUAUCUGUCCAUCCACAAGUCUGGAGCGAAAGUGAGACUGUCCUCAGACUGUUUGAGACACCAGCCUCCCAUUUUGCAGGAGCAUGAGGACAACAGAUUGUAGGUGAAUGGAUCUGUGCACAGCAGAAGUACAGAGGACUUUAAAAAAAAAAAAAGAAUUAUAUAUAUAUAUAUAUAUAUAUAUAUCCUAUUUGUUGUAACCAAACAAGACAUCUUGGUUUCAAACACUCUGACUCAAGCUGUUUUUGGUUUUUGUGUCACACAUUUGGCCCUUCAAUGUUCAUUUCAUUUGGUACUAUGUGACUGCGAGUGGAGGCAUUAAUGAAAGUCCCUUUCAUCUCCUGGAAGGAUCUAGAUUUCAACCUGAUCUUGGGGAUCCAGAGUGCUGCUGGGUUUCUAUCCUACCAGUUACUACCAGGUAUUUACCUGCAGUGCCAGGUUUUAAUUGGUUCCUGAGUGGAUUUAUAUGGUUUAAAAUAAGAACUAGCAGGUACUGAGUUCCCAAAGACCAUGCUCCAGUAUGCCCCAAGGACCUGUACAUUUUCAUUACAAUCAAUCGUGACAUUAGCUGAUUUUUUUCAUCUGUUGUGGAAGGGGAUUAUCAGAUUAAUCAGCCAAUGUUGUGUUUGGUAGGAAGGAAAACAUGCAGCUAUGUGGGUUCUUAGAAGAAGUGAUGUUAGACCACCAUUUAACCCGGUUGUUUCAUAAAUCUGUAGCAAAUUGAUUGGGUUCAAAUUGUUUCCGGCUUAUGCGAGCAGGUGCAAAUUGAUUGAAUUUAAAUCUGAUUGCCCGACUUCAGGAGGUAAUUAUAUUUUAGCCAGAUGGGAUUCAAAUGUAAAAGUAUUUAUUGUGUGUCAACCACAACCCUUCCUGGUGCAUAACGUUAGUUGCAACUGAAGAUGCAUCCCAAAGUGGAAAAAUGGCAGAUCCAGAUAUCUGGUGUCACAGCCAAACUAAAUUGGAUGUUAUGCAUAGAGUGUAAAAAUAGUGGACGUAGCAUCCAUGACGUCACCCAUUGGUUUGUGGACUGCCGUUAAGAAGCGUUAAGUUUGGCGAUACGGGCUUCGCCAUCUUGGUUUUUUGCAACUGUGUGUGAUGAUUUUUGACGAGAGGGUGGAGCUGUGGAUGAGGACGCAACCAAGCCAGUAUUGUUUAGGGUUUCAAUGGCGCUGCACUAAGCUACACGCUAAUCUUUCUGAAGCGAGUCAACCAGUGGAGAUUUACCGGGUGUGUAAACGCGGACCUCCGAGAACUGCCGCCAUUCAUCUGCAUGUACGGCAGUACAGAAACAAACUUUCGCUCAAGUUACCAGCUAACGCUAGCAGUUGCUAGCUAGCUUGGUUGGCAGAUUGCUCAACAUGAUGAUUUUAGCUUUAACUUUGAUGAAGUGAAAACAAAGUUUUAGACGGAAAACAUGGACAACACCCAAAAACAAGUUCAAGGUCAGUGUGUCCACGCCCCUUAAUCAUCCCCUGCUUUAUUGUCUGUUUUAAAAUAAAUGGGACCAUAGUUUACAAAAUCCACAUCAUGCUGUAUUGAAGAAGACUUUAAAUUAGCGGUUGCGACC